AUGUUCUCAGCUAAUUCAGGCUACCAAGAUUAUGCUUCAGACUCAUUUCAAGAUCAAGGACUUGGGGGAGUGAGAUACUUCCUUGGUCUUGAAAUUGCAAGAAAUAAGGAUAGUAUCAUGGUAAGUCAAAGGAAAUUUGCUUUGGAUCUUGUAUCAGAUUUUGGUCUUGCAGGAACCAAACCAAUUAGCACUCCUUUGGAAGUCAAUCAAAGGUUCACUAGUCAGGACUUUGACAUGAGCUGUGAAUCUCAGGAUGCACAUGAAGAUGUGAUUCUUAGUGAUCCUACAGGUUAUCAGAAACUAGUUGGUAAAUUGCUAUACCUCACCAUGACAAGGCCAGACAUCAGUUAUGCAGUACAGAAUCUUAGCUAG